AUGUCGGACGACGAAGCCGAUCCCGAGCUCCUGGCCCUUCUUCGCAAGUCACUUGGACUAGAUGGUGGGCCUGCUAAUCCACGGACUGCAGAGACGAAAGUCCUCGAAAAUGCGCAAUUUGUUUUCGAUAAUGCCAUUGACGUCGCGCUGAGUCCGGCGAAGGUUAAGGAAGCGGCGGAGACAAUAUGGCGGCUGAUGCAGAAGAAGAAUUACUCAACCGAGACGUGGGCAGAUCACGAGUUGCACCCCAAGGCAAAAGACGGAAGCACAGUUGACUUCAUAUUCACGAUGGAUCUUUUGAACUUCAGCUUCUGGUCGGACGAAACAGAACCGUCCAAGCGAUUCUGUAUUGAGUACCGGGGGAAAAAGUGGACAGGCUAUUGGAGUCUGGUAGCCGCAUUGCAAAGGGCUUUAGAUGAGGGGAUUCAGAUCACCACACCAGAAUUCUGGAUCAACGAGGAGGAAUGCACAGACGCUCUUUUGAGACAUGUUUUUCGAUCAGCGAGUGAAGAGGAGAUUCCAUUACUCGAUGAACGUCUCCAAUGCCUUCGUGAAGCAGGCAGGGUCCUUUGCUCGGAUUUCGACGGCAGCUUUGUAAACUGCAUUUAUAGCGCCAAUUACUCCGCCGCUGCCCUUGUCAAUCUUCUUGUAGAAAGCUUUCCCUGCUUUCGAGACGAGACAGUUUUCCAAGGCCAGCGAGUACGAUUAUACAAACGCGCACAGAUUCUCGUGGCAGACCUCUGGGCGUGUUUCAACGGAGAAAGUUAUGGAGAGUUUCACGAUAUUGACAAAAUCACGAUGUUUGCCGAGGGUCACAUCAGGAGCAAAAAGCUGAUUCCCAGUGGCUCCAACUGGGAAAUUGAGCUGCGUGCAACCAGCAUCUGGUGCGUUGAGUUGAUUCGGCGUGAGAUUGAACGCCAACACCCUGAAGUGAAGAAGCAGAAAUUAUCGAAAGGGGCACCAACUGAAAGCCCAGCGAAUGGAGCCACUUCAUCUGAAAACGAGACAAAUCCUGCCACACAAAAGCACAUCCGACAAGCCAGUAUCCACGAUACAUCCGGCUCGGGGAUAAAUGCUAUCUUGAUCGAUUUCUUCUUGUAUGAUACAGCAAAAGAGUUGGAGAGGGACGGCCGCGAGACGGUUCCGCAUCACAGGACGAGAAGCAUUUGGUAUUAG